AUGAGGCUAUCCAUAUCGUGCGAUGCCUGUCGGCAAGCAAAGGUCAAGUGUGUUCAUGAAGGGCAACCGCCCUGCCAACGGUGCUCAAAAAGUCAGAUCAAGAAUUGCAGCCUGACAGACCCCCGAGCCUCAAAGCCCAGAGCUCGGAGAAGCACUGCCCCAAUCAAGUCUCCCAAAAAGCGAAAGGCGUCAUCAGAUGUAUCGCCGGGGCCAGAAAUUGCGAAAGGCCGCGUUUCGGGAAACCCCCUUGAACCUCGAUGUACCGAAAACCCCAUGCUAGCUUUGUCUCCAGCUGUUGUGGUCAACGCAGUCGAGACAUACAGGAAAAAGUUUCCAAUCACGAACUUUCUUCACUAUCCCACCUUGAUCUCUGAUAUAUCGUCUGAUGUCCACUCCGUGGACUCGGUCUUUGUCGCCUCGCUUCUGUCUCUAUGUGUGCGGUUCAUGACCAGUGAAGAGCUUGAAGCGGAGGAAGUCUAUGCGGACUAUGCACGCAAGCAUCUUGCUCAUCGUGUGCUUGAGGCUCCAUCUCUCUACCUUGCUCAGUCUCUCGUAAUGAUCUCAUUCUAUGAAUGGGGGACUGGGCGACCUUACCAGGCCUGGAUGUACAGCGGAAUGGCAACGUACAUGAUUCAAUCACUGUUGAAAAUGUCAGACGAUAGCAUGGAGCACAAUCCACAAGAAUUCCAUGCUUCGCAAACACAAUACGAGCAGUUGGUCCGGACCUACUGGUGUUGCUUUGCGCAAGACUGUGAAUUGAGCUCUGGAGCUCGUCAACAUUUUGCGCUUUCGUUCUCUCAGAUUUCUGUCCCUCUCCCCAUCAGCGAUCGGGAUUUUACUUUUAAUCACACACCAGCUCAUAGGCUGAUGCCUGCAGAUAUGAACAAGAAUUGCCUUUUAGCGAAUGGUCUGACUAUAGAGCAUGGUCUCACAAUUGUGACUCGGGGUUUCGACAUCUUCAUUCGAAUUCUGCGAUUCGCCAAUGAACACCGAAGAUCUCUGGUUUCUUUGUCAUCGAACGGCUCCGUGACUCCGCCGCUCCUGGUGAACUGGCAGAGACUCAAAGAGGAGUUGGAUGAGUGGAGGUCGCUACAGGAUAUCACUGUUCAUUAUCCGGCUACCAGUGUUCAGACUCACGUUGCACUCGGGUAUGGCGAACUGUUUGCAUACAUUAACUUGGUUCAUUGCAUGAGCAUUCUAUUCCUACACCGCGACCGCUUUUUAUCCAACCUAAAGCCUCAUUCGGAUGUCUUUCAUGAAAUGAACGAUGCACAAGGUGAACCGCAUACAAUCGAGCAACUCUUCAAAGCAGCACAACAGAUCGGAACUAUUCUUACCGCACUAGACGCCUCCGGCGCGCCAGUCAUGUCACCGUACUCCGGCUUCAGUGUCUUUGUCGCCGCACACAUCAACAUGUACGGAACGAUUGUUCCACACAGAUACCCAGGAGGUCUCGAGAGGGCCGAAGAAGAAAAAGGCAGAAACCUAGUCUACCUAGAACGACUAAGUAAGCUAUGGCCUGUAGGUCGCAGCUGGUGGCGAACGGUCCAAGACGCAAAUCGCUUCUACGAGACAGUGAAGAGCACCCAGACCCACGCAGAGUCCGAGAUCCAUAGUCCUCGUGGUUUCGCUCUUGCCGGUACCUUGGAUGAAUAUGGCGACAUUAGGUCGAGACCCAGCGCGAGAGCUGCGACUGCCGAGUCGCGCGAUACGCACAGCUCGCAUGCAGGGGCUUCGUCGCCUGGUCUGGAGACUAGCUUUCCUCGGGAUGCUGUUGCCGGUCAUGAAAUUGAGACUGAUAUGUUCCAGUGGCCGUUCAUUGAUGGGUCGUGGUCGCUUGGGUUUGACGCGGGGUUGGAUGGACUGUGGUCAAAUUCUGGGCUGUUUGAUCCAAAUCCAUCACUGCGAUGA